UCCUUCCUCAUUCCUCAUUGCACCAACAAAGCUAAGCUACUAGAUUUCCCUUACUCAACACAUUUCUAGCUGCUAAUUGCAGAGAAAGAGAGUAGCAGAAACAAGAACAAAAAAUGGCCUUGCACUUGUCUGGUGUGUUCAUUUUUGGAGUUUUAGCUAAUAUCAUCUCUGCCAUGGUGUGCCUUGCUCCUUUGCCAACUUUUUAUCAAAUUUGCAAGAAGAAAACAAGCGAAGGGUUUCAGUCUAUUCCAUAUGUGAUUGCACUAUUUAGUGCUAUGCUAUGGUUAUUCUAUGCAAUUUUUGAUAAUAAUGCCACUCUUCUCAUCACUAUCAACACUUUCACCUUCUUUAUGGAGAUUUGCUACAUUAUUGUGUACCUUAUCUAUGCCACAAAGAACGAUAGGAUGUUCACCAUAAAACUUGUUCUCUUCUUCAACGUUUUUGGAUUUGGAACCAUUUGUAUAUUAACUCUUUUCCUUACCCAUGGCCGGAAACGUGUUGACGUUCUUGGAUGGAUUUGCAUGGUAUUUGCUCUUUGUGUGUUCGUUGCACCUCUUGGUAUUAUGAGAAAAGUUAUAAAAACAAAGAGCGUAGAGUUCAUGCCUUUUUCUUUAUCUUUCUUCCUCACCUUAACAGCUGUCAUGUGGUUCUUCUAUGGCUUUCUAAAGAAAGAUAUUUAUGUUGCUGUUCCAAAUACACUUGGAUUUCUCUUUGGUAUUAUACAGAUGGUAAUCUAUUUGAUCUACAGGAAACCCCAGAAAUUGACAGUGGAAGAGCCAAAACUUCGAGAAUUAUCUGACCAUAUCGUUGAUGUUGCAAAGCUAAGUGCAACUUUGUGCUCUGAGAUUAAUACAGUUGUGGUUCCAAUUCCACAGACAACUAAUAAUGGAAACGAUCAACAAGCUGAAGUUAAAGAACAGAACUUAAGAACUAACAAUAAGCAAGAAAUGGAUGUCUCCAACAAAGUUUAAUUACCACAUUUCAUUCUCCAAUCCCGCGUCCUGGCUCUCAUCUUUGCUUCUUCCCUGAAGCUAUCAGUAUCACUUGGGGUCCUUCACAACGGUUAAUGGACGAGUCUCUUAUUUUUUAUUUUUAAGUAUCUUUCUUUUAAUUUACAUGUAUUCGUGUAAAUUGUGGUGCCACAUCUAUGUGUAAGGCUGCAACUGCAAGCCGCAGUGUUAAUUAAUCUCUAAAUGUUGUUUAUGUUAAAUUCUAGUUAAUAAAUAUAUCAAUCUUCUUGUAAUAUGUAUCUCUUUUGUUCAAGAAAUAAAAUCUCUACGGACAGUUUAUAACGA